AUGCCGGUGGGGCCAGCAGUGCUCGGCGUGCUCGAGCGGCAGUGCCGGUGGGGCCGCAGUGCCGGGAAGAUGGGCCGGCGGUGCUGGGAUCGCCCACCGGCGAUGCUCGGCCAGAUCUACAUCUCCACCAAAUUUCACUUGUCAAACUCCUUCUAUUUCUCCGCGAAUCGACGAAUUUCUGCCCGAAUUUCCCGCUCCUGUCCGUCGAGUUCAUCUGACCGGCCUCAGUCCGGACGGCAGCCGAUCUCGGCCUCCGCGUCGACCAUCUCCACCUCGCCGCCGCCCUGCUCUCGCCUUGCGCCGCCCCCCCGCCUCCCCUCCUCCCAUGCCCUGACAACGGCCCGCAGCCCCCCUACCACCGCCACGCCCCGCCCCGCAGCAGCAGCGCCACACCACCACGACCGCCCGCAUCCGCUCGACGGCCGCGCCCGAGCCACGCCCGAGCCGACGCCCACCACCGCGCCCGGCCCACGCCCCGCCUCCGCUCGCCGAGCCGCAUCGCCAACUGGCACAGCCGCCGCGCCAAACACCACCGAGCCGCCGCCUCCGGCCCAACCACCACCACGCCCCAGCGCCACUCCCGCCGCCGCAGCUCGGCCACCGCUCUCGCCGCGCGCCAAGCAACGCGCCGACCUGCCCAAGUUCCCGCAGCCACCGACUCGCCCUCCUGCCCAGCUCCUUGCUUCCGCGCCGGUCAACCAGCAGGCGGUGCCGCAUAGCACCAACCGCCCGGUCCCAUCGCCCGGCGAUGCGAGCCAAAGCAGACCGCCGGUGCCGUCUACUCACCCCCAGUGCCGCCGGAUGUACCCGGCGGUGCCGCCCCCAUUUGUAUCUACAUCUCCACCAAAUUUCACUGUCAAACUCCUUCUAUUUCUCCGCGAAUCGACGAAUUUCUGCCCGAAUUUCCGCUCCUGUUCGUCGAGUUCAUCCCGACCGGCACUACCGGCCCUAACGACAGCGGCGAGUGCCGGCCUCCGCGUUGACCAUCUCCACCUCGCCGCCGCCCUGCUCUCGCCUUGCGCCGCCGCGCUCGCCCUCCUCCCGCUGCACAGCCAGCAGCUCGCCUGGCCGCUCAACCCCCGCCCGGCCCACUCCACACAAGCGCGCCGCCUCCACCACCACGCGCCCGCCUCCACCGCGCCGCCCAAGCUAGCAGGCCCAGGCCUUCGCCCACGUCUGCCCGCUCGCGCACAGCAGCCCGCCUUGCCUCGCCCACCUCCACUGACCCCAGCUCUGCGCGCCGCCCACGCACAGCAAGCCACCGAGCCGCCGCUCGAUUCCAUCCGCGCGCGCAACCAUCCAUCAGGCCGCCGCCCCAGCUCGUCUCCGCUCGAGCCCCAGCCUGCACAACGCCCCGCCCGGCCUGGCCCGCCUCCACCCAGCCAUCGGCCCCGCAGCAUCACACCAGGCCGCCACCACCACGCAGCCGCCUCACCUCAAGCACGCUCAGCCACCACGCGCGGGUCAACGCCUUGGCUGCUCCCGCCCCCAUUCUCCACGCAGCAAGCCACCAGCAAACCACCAGCAAUCCCGCCCGCGCGCCUCUGA